CACCCACAGAGCUGAGCGGGGGAAGAAAGAAGACGCUUCGAAAUGGCCUCUCGGGACCUCCAGGACGAGCAGGCAACCACCUCCUCCAGCGAUGCCCCGAGUGGCGCCUCCUUCUUUGAUGUCUACGGGCCUCAGGCUGUGUCGCGGGCAUUCGAUCUCUGAGGGUCUGUUCCAUGAUGGUCUGAUAUAGACGGGCUCAACUAAGUUUAUUGAUGGUAUGGACUUUGAUAUAUUCUGCAGGCUAGAGCAGAAGUUGCCGUCAAGACGCCAGAAGCCAACACAACCCUCAGUUUGCAAGACGUUCAAGGACUAGUGACCUGGGUUCUUGCUGAAGGAUUCAUGCCAUCUUGGGUUUUCAUUAAAAAUAAGCCCUUAAUCCCGAAGGUGGUCAUGCUUUACGUCCCUGGACUGGAUGCAGCAUUAUACAUGUCGAACACCAAAGUACUUUCCGGUUUGAAAAAGUGCUGUGGCAAUCCUAGGGCAGUUUCAGCUCUUAGCUGUGUAUCAGAUGCAAUGCAGACAGUAGAUGCCCUCCUGACUUGUAAGAUAAAGAGAAAGAGGAAGAGUAGUGAUGAUCAAUUGCACAAUAGGAAACCUGAGCAGAUAUCUAGUGAAGGAAGGAGCGAAGACCUAGCCCCCAUUGAUUCUCUAAAAGAUAUUCCAUUUCCUGUUACCUAUUACACCCUCACUGCCAAAGAAUUAGAAGACAAUGGAUAUUCUAAAAACCCUGAAUUUCUUUUUACUCUUCCUGCUCCUCCAGGAUCCGAUCCUUACCAGAUGUUAGCACUUGAUUGUGAAAUGUGUAUCACGAGAGAGGGCUUCGAGCUUACUAGAAUAACUAUGGUUGAUACCAGAGGGGAGGUCCUGUUGGAUAAACUAGUUAAACCAGCAAAUCCGAUAACUGAUUAUAACACCAGGUUUAGUGGGAUCACUUAUGAGAUGUUGGAAGGUGUUACUACAACUCUUCAAGAUGUUCAAGAAGAUUUUCUUAAGCUUGUUCACAAAGAGACAAUCCUAGUCGGGCAUUCGCUAGAGAAUGAUUUGUUGGCUCUAAAGAUCUGUCACAAUUUGGUAAUUGAUACUGCAUUGCUCUACAAGCCCCCGCCUGGUAAGUCAUACAAGCCCGCUCUAAGGAUACUUGCCCGGAGAUUUCUCUCCAAGGAGAUACAACAGUCAGGGAAUGGACAUGAUAGUGUUGAGGAUGCUAGAACAGCAAUGGAACUAACUCUUUUAAAAAUUAGACAUGGACCCGACUUUGGUACCUCUCCUUCGUUCAUGAGCAAGAAAUUUCUUUCGGUUCUGAGCGACUCUGGCAAGAAUUCCUCAUUCAUUGAUGAGAUUUCAAUCGUGAAGAAAUAUUCCUCAGGAUCAUCACAUUCCUUUCCCGUGGGCUCUGAUGAUGAAGCACUCUUAAGGGCGUCAAAGGAGGUGAAAAAUGAGCGGGUACAAUUUGUCUGGACCCAGUUCUCCGAAUUGAAUUCAUACUUGGAGAACCAAUCAAAGGAUUCGGAGAAGUUGAAUGGGAGACUUGCGGAGAUGGUGUCCUUGCUAACAUGCCAGAAGAAUUCUGCAAAAAGAAAAGAUUCCAAAUGCAAACCUGAACUAAAGGAAAUACUAUCACGGAUUGACUCGAGAAUCCGCAGCCUGUAUGCAGCUUUACCCAUGAAUACCAUGCUAAUAAUCUGUACAGGCCAUGGGGACACGGCUAUUGUUCGCAGGUUGAGGAAACUGCUGAAUGAAGGGACAGAGACCAUGGUAAGCCGAGAGGCUAUUGUAAAGGUGUUGCAAGAGCUCCAGGCCCGAGCGGAGGUAGCUCUAUGUUUUGUCGGCGUUAAACAUUGACAUAAGCUGACUUCUCAUCACCCGUGACAUACUAGGACCUUGGGAGUCGCAUUUUGUUGUAGAAAAACAAUCAUCAAAUGUUAAUCGGGUUUCCAGGGCAUGCAAGAUGAGAAACACAGAUGCAAGUGUGAGAUUAACUUAGUCGGGUUUCCAGGGCAUGUAAGAUGAGGAACACAGAUGCAAGUGCGAGAUUACGUUGAUGGAUCCGAAGCAGAAGGCUGCAACCUUUUCGGAAAUUUUCUGACAAUAGUUUAGUUUAUCCUCUUGAGUGUUUUUUUUUUCCUGCCCUUUCUGUAAAAUGUCUUUCAUUGUCUAGACGAGAUUGUCGGUGACUUCUGGGUACAUUGCCUCUUUGGCGGUGGCUGUUGUCGAGCCCUCUACCUCUCUCGGUUUAGUUUAGUGGCACUUAAUUAGUGCUUUGAUUUUUUUUUAAUUAUAUAUAUAUAAAAAUAUAAGGUGUUUCUUUAAUUUUUCUUCC